AUGCAAAGAAUAUUUAAAGAAUUUAUAGGAAGAUGGAAUAUAAAUAGAAAGAUAAUACAUAAAUUGGUUGCUGAUAAUCCAAACAACACAAAUACUCAAUCAUGUUUGUUAUCAGCGCCAACGACAACAACAACUCCCCCAAACUUAAAAUCAUUUGGUGAACAAAAGAUGACUGUUACAGGGUCUGCUACGUUUGUACCACUCGAUAAUGAUUCGAAUACAUUGCGAUACACUGAAGAGGGUGUAUUGGAACAAGAGGAUACAGGUGCGCGAUACCCAGUCAAUCAAAAAUACAUCUAUCGAUACGACGAACAGGCUGAUCGUAUAUCAGUCUACUUUGAUGAGACACCCGAAAGACUACUCCACACUCUUAUCAUUGACCAACCACAACCACAACCCAAUACAUUGUUUGCAACUGGUCAUCAUCCAUGUGGAGAUGACACUUACAAUGCCACCUAUCAAUUUGAAAUGCCACAACAUAGAUUCACUCUAACUUAUAAUGUAUCUGGUCCAAAUAAGAAUUAUCAAAUGUCAACAAUCUUUACUAAAUAA